AAAACUUUGGUCACGCCUUAAAAGCAAACAUUCUCCUCGCAUUGAGAAGGCAAGGUGGUCUGACCAUAGUGUAGACCUAUAUCAGUAGGUCAGAGGUCGUAGUUGGACGCCUGAAGAUGCUUCUGUCUCCCAUCCGUUGUAUCAUCCUUCUUCUCCUUGUCAACUCCGUCUAUUCUGGUACGUUAACAAUCCAUAAUGACCUGAUCAUUUAAAAAUAAUACUUAACUGAUAAAAUACAUGAGGUAGGGCAGAGUGGGGUAGGUUGAGGCACCCUUGUGUCUAGGAAACCAUACACAAUUUAUAAUUUGAACAAAUAUUUAGGCAGAGGUCAUUUCAUCGAGUCUGAAGGGAGAAACCACAUGGAAAAAGUGGUAAGCAAGUUGGGUUCCAAAAAGAAGUUUUUCACCAAGUCCAAUGAAUUUAUUGUGUUAGAGGUUUUAUGAUGCUUGUAUUGAAACAACAUUUUAUAAUUUUAAGAUUGUUUUAUACAUUAGUUGGGGUCUCUAAGCUUCUAAGUGCAUCCUUGUAUCUGUGUGGGCUAAUAUAAUAUACACUUUGAUCAUAUAUCAUUUUAAUGCAUAUGCCUAUAGUUUUAAUUAUUGUGGUGUUCAGAGAAACGAAAUUGGCUAAUGUAUAGGCUAUAAUUAGAUAAUUAUGCAAAAUGUGAAAAGGGCUGCAUAGAAGUUGAGCAGCUUCUAUAUCUAGAAAAGUUUAUUCUGUUACUAAUACAUGGUUUAUUAUUACUUUAAGUAUGUAUUGAAUUAUAAUAAAACCCAUGAAAAACAUAACAAACAUGGGCUUGGCUGUCGAGUAUGAAUUAGAUCGAUAAGGGGGUGGCAGAGGGUUAUACCUUAUCAGCAAAAGCCAUGUGCUGAGGCCAUCGGAAUGAAUACAAAAUUGUAUCCAAUCUAAAAAAGGUCUGUGUCACGUUUGGAUAGCAAUUUUUGUAGUACGAAAUGUGAAAGAUAAUUGUAGAGAUUGUUAUGCAGUGGAAUAUGUGCGCAUUCUGAUUUUCAAGUCUCAGGAGGCUCUCGUUGUUUGACCAACAACUACGGGCGUAAUUUAGCUCCAUAUGCGUCUUUACGCGCAACUACAAACGAUUGAUCUUCUCGUAUUAUCUCUAGCUUUGACCGUCCUCUGUCCCUCUCGUCUUUUGAUAUGUCAUAUCACAUUUUAUAUUUCAUAGGACGAGUUCUGAGGAAGAUCAAGGAGCGUGUGCGUAAAAUUCAGUAUGAAAAAGCGAAGAAGAAUGUGCUGAUGCGCGCAGUCAACGGGCAUAAGUCCAUGGGCGAAGUGAGAGACGGGAAAAUUCACCAACCCCUGGACCACUUCGACAGUCAAAACGAUGAAACCUUUCCUCAGGUGACCCACCACCAAUACAUGCACCUACAGUGAGGUCCAAAAGUAUUGGGACAGUGACAAUUUUUGUUGUUGUUUUGGCUCUGUACUCCAGCACUUUGGAUUUGAAAUGAUACAAUGACUAUGAGGUCGAAGUGCAGACUGUCAGCUUUAAUUUGAGGGUAUUUUCAUCCAUAUAAGGUGACAGCACUUUGUGUACAUAGUCCCCCCAUUUUAGGGAACUAAAAGUAUUAGGACAAAUUCACUUAUAUGUGUAUUAGAGUUUUCAAAAGUUUAGUAUUUGGUGUCAUAUUCCUAGUAGGCAAUGACUACAGCUUGUGACUACAAACUUGUUGAAUGCAUUUGCAGUUUGUUUUGGUUGUGUUUCAGAUAAUUUUGUGCCAAAUAGAAAUGAAUGGUAGAUAAUAUAUUGUGUCAUUUUGGAGUCACUUUUAUUGUAAAUAAGAAUAUAAUAUAUUUCUGAACACUUCUACAUUCUUGUGGAUGCUACCAUGAUUAUGGAUAAUCCUGAAUGAAUUGUGAAUAACAACAAAACAAAUUGCAAAUGCAUCCAACAAGUUUGUAGAGUCACAAGCUUGAUGUAGUCAUUGUGUGCCAGGAAUAUGGGACCAAAUAAAAUGUUAUUUGUCACAUGCGCCGAAUACAACAGGUGUAGACCUUACAGUGAAAUGCUUACUUACAAGCCCUUAACCAACAAUGCAGUUUUAAGAAAAAUAAGUGUUAAGAAAGUAUUUACUAAAAUAAACUGAAGUAAAAAAAAAAAGAUAAAGAUAAAAAAUAGAAAAAUAACAAAUAAUUAAAGAGCAACAAUAAAAUAACAGCAACGAGGCUAUAUCCAGGGAAAUACUAAACUUUUGACUACUUUAAUACACAUAAAAGUGAAUUUGUCCAAAUACUUUUGGUUCCCUAAAAUGGGGGAACUAUGUACAAAAAGUGCUGUAAUUUCUAAACGGUUCACCCAAUAUGAAUGAAAAUACAUUCAAAGGCAUAACACCAUUGACAGUCUGCACUUUAACCUCUUAGUCAUUGCAUCAUUUCAAAUACAAAGUGCUGGAGUACAGAGACAAAAAAAAUAAUUGGUCUCUGUCCAAAUACUUUUGGACCUGCAGCCCCCCACUCUUGUUCUCUCGCUUCUACUCCCUUUCUCUCACCCUCUCUUUCUCUCUCAGAGGUUUUUCGUGAAUGAAGCCUAUUGGGAGCGUCCUCAUGGCCCAGUGUUCCUGUACAUCGGAGGGGAGGGCCCCAUCUCUGAGUUCAGUGUGCUGGCAGGUAAACACAAAGCUCCCCCGUCACGCUCUUAAGUAAUAUGAAAAGAAAAUGGAAAUGCAUUGACACGAUAAGUUAGGCUUACAUAGGUGUUAUGAAUAUGAUACUUGUAUUUAGUUACAAGUCCAUGCCUGUUCUUCGGUUUUUGUCUUGUUGAUACCUCAACCAACUCUUAACCUCGUCCUAUUUCUCCUCUUUGCUCCUGCUUUGUGUGUAUCUGUAGGCCACCAUGUGGACAUGGCUGAGGAGCACGGGGCCCUGCUUGUGGCCCUGGAGCAUCGUUUCUAUGGCAAGAGCAUCAACGAAGAUGGCCUGGAGACUGAGAACCUGGGAGACCUGUCCAGCCAGCAGGCGUGAGUACUGGUGGGAGGAGGAGGGAGUCAAUGUGAUGACGUUGAAUCAACAUGGAAAACUGAUUGGAUUUGCAAAAAGUCAUCAAUGUGAGGGAAUUUUGUAUUUUUUUCACCCAACUUUGAACCUAAAUCCAAUGGCAUGGUGACAUUUUUUGUUGAUUUCAUGUUGAAUUCACAUUAGUUGACAACUCAACCAAAUGUAUAUCAAAACUAGACAUUGAACUGACGUCUGUGCCCAGUGGGUUGCUACUUGAAGUAUGCAGAGUGCUUUUGAGUGGGCUUGAAUUGGGCAGAGAUUGCAUUUCAUUUUCUCUGCCAUCUCUUGGUUUCCAGUCUCACCGACAUCGCAGAAUUCCAUCAAUACAUCAGCGAUCGCUUUGACCUCUCCAACAAGAAUACCUGGAUCAGCUUCGGAGGUUCCUAUGCUGGGGCCUUGUCUGCCUGGCUCAGGGGAAAGGUACAGUAGAAAUAAAAUAACACUGUCUAUUUUUAUACUUAGGACCGAACAGCAGUGUUACUGUAUGCUGGUUUACUGUAUUCCAUGGUAAUAAUACAAAAUAAUGUUAUCUGUUCCUGCUCUUCCAGUUCCCCCACCUGGUCUACGGUGCUGUGGCCUCCUCCGCUCCUGUCAAAGCCAGAACCUGGACUUCUCCAACUUCAACACAGAAAAGUAAAGAUCCUCAUCAUUAGUAACUCGGUAGUAGUUAGUAGUUAGUAGUAGGUAGUAGUAAGUAGUAAGUAGGUAGUAGUAGUAGUAGUUAGGUAGAUUAGAGUAGUUGUAGUAGUAGGUAAGUAGUAAUAUUAUAUUAGUAGUAAGGUAGUAUAGUAGUAGUAGUAGUCGUCGUAGUGUCGUCGUAAGUCAUAGUGUCGUCGUAGUCGUCUCGUCGUCGUCGUCGUCGUCGUCGUCGUGUUGUAGUAGUUCGUAGUCGUCGUAGUAGUCGUAGUCUCGUCGUAGUCGUCGUCGUCGUCUGUCGUCGUUCGUCUAGUCGUCGUCGUCGUCGUCGUCGUAGUCUCGUCGUUCUCGUCCGUAUUCGUCGUGUCGUAGUCGUCUCGUCGUCGUCGUCGUCGUCGUCGUCGUCGUCGUCGUCUCGUGUCCGUCGUCGUCGUCGUCGUAGUCGUUCGUCGUCGUAUUCGUCGUCUCGUCGUUCGUCGUCGUAGUCGUCGUCGUCGUCGUCGUCGUAGCGUAGUCCGUCUUAGUCUUUCGUCGUCGUCGUCGUAGUCGUCGUCGUCGUGUCUUCGUCGUACUUCGUCUCGUCGUCGUGUCGUCGUCGUCGUCGUCGUCGUCGUCGUCGUCGUAGUCGUCGUCGUCGUCGUCUUGUCGUCGUUCGUCGUCGUAGGUCUGUCGUCGUCGUGUGUCGUCUGUCGUCGUCGUCGUCGUCUGUCGUGUCGCUUCGUCGUCGUAGUCGUCGUCUGUCUGUAGUAGUAGUAGUAGUCGUAGUAGUUUAGUAGUAGUAGUAGUAGUAGUAUAGUAGUAGUAUAGUGUAGUAGUAUAAGUAGUAGUAGUAGUAGUAGUAGUAGUAACUGUUGCACUAUUUAUAGUGUUAAUAGCAUGGUAGAUGUGAUGUUCAGCUGUACAGACAACGGUGGAAACAAACCCUGCUUUUUCUCUCUUCCAGGUGGUGGGUCUGAGCCUUGCGGACAAGGAUGUUGGAGGUUCAGAUAAGGUUUGAGAACAUUUACAGUAGAUGUGGGCGCUUGAAAUCAUGUGUUGGAGUAUCUGACUGUGAGUCUCCUACUGUGUGAUUUGACUCUCUCUGUCUCCUUGUCACUCUCUCUCUUUCUCCGCUCUCUCUCUCUCACUCUCUCUCUCUCCUCCAGUGUGUGGGGGACAUCUGGGAGGCCUUUGCUGCCGUGGAGGCCGCCCUGUUUGCUGGGAACGCCACUGAGGUGGGGAAGGACUUUGGGUGCUGUGAGACCCCUGAGGAUCUGGAGGACCAGAUCGAGCUGAUGCAGAGCCUGGCCGACAUCGUCAUAGGAACCGUGGCGUACAACGAGGAGGGGGGCAUUCUAACUAUUGAGGAGCUCUGUGACAUCAUGACCAAUGAGACAGAGACCUUCGAUUCGGAGACUGAGGCCUACGACCGGCUGAUCAAACUGGUGCAGGUACAGUCAGGUCCAUAAGUAUUUGGACAGUGACACAAUUUGCAUCAUUUUGGCUCUGUACGCCACCACAAUGGAUUUGAAAGGAAACAAUCAAGAUGUGCUUUAAGUGUAGACUUUAAUCUUUAAUUUAAGGGUUUUGUCAAAAUUAUUGUAUGAACCGUGUAGGAAUUACAACCAUUUUUAUACAUAGCUCCCCAAUUUUAGGGGCUCAAAAGUAAUUGGAUAAACUAACAUAAUCAUACAUUAAAUUGUGAGUUUUAAUACUUGGUUGCAAAUCCUUUGCAGUCAAUGACUGCCUGAAGUCUGGAACCCAUAGACAUCACCAGAUGUUGUGUUUCUUCCCUGGUGAUGCUCUGCCUUUACUGCAGCUGUCUUCAGUUCCUGCUUGUUCUUGGGACGUUUUGCCUUCAGUUUUGCCUUCAGCAAGUGAAUGCAUGCUCAAUUGGAUUCAGGUCAGGUGAUUGACUUGGCCAUUGCAGAACAUUCCACUUCUUUGCCUUAAAAAAGUAUUGGGUUGCUUUCGCAGUAUGCUUCGGGUCUUUGUCCAUCUGCACUGUGAAGCGCCAUCCAAUGAGUUUUUAAGCAUUUGGCUGAAUCUGAGCAGAUAAUAUAGUCCUAAACACUUCAGAAUUCAUCCUGCUGCUUUUGUCAGCAGUCACAUCAUCAAUAAAUACAAGGGAACCAGUUCCAUUGGCAGCCAUACAUGCCCACGCCAUAACACUACCUCCACCAUGCUUCACAGAUGAGGUGGUAUGCUUCGGAUCAUGAGCAGUUUCCUUCCCUUCUCCAUACUCUUUUCUUCCCAUCAUUCUGGUACAAGUUGAUCUUUGUCUCAUCUGUCAUGUUGUUCCAGAACUGUACAGGCUUUUAAAUAUGUUUUUUGGCAAACUCUAAUCUGGUAUUCCUGUUUUUGAGGCUUACCAAUGGUUUACAUCUUGUGGUAAACCCUCUGUAUUUACUCUGCUGAAGUCUUCUCUUGAUUGUUGACUUUGACACAGAUACGCCUACCUCCUGGAGGGUGUUCUUGAUCUGGCCAACUGUUGUGAAGGGGUUUUUCUUCACCAGGGAAAUAAUUAUUCUGUCAUCCACCAGUUGUUUUCCGUGGUCUUCCGGGCCUUUUGGUGUUGCUGAGCUCACCAGUGCGUUCUUUCUUUUUAAGAAUGUACCAAAUAGUUGAUUUGGCCACACCUAAUGUUUUUGCUAUCUCUCUGAUGGGUUUGUUUAGAUUUUUCAGCCUAAUGAUGGCUUGCUUCACUAGCAGUGACAGCUCUUUGGACUUCAUAUUGAGGGUUAACAGCAACAGAUUCCAAAUGCAAAUGCCACACUUGAAAUCAACUCUAGACCUUUUAUCUGCUUACUUGUAAAUGAACUAAUGAGGGAAUAACACACACCUGGCCAUGGAACAGCUGAGCAGCCAAUUGUCCGAUUACUUUUGGUCCCUUAAAAAGGGGGGGACCACAUAUAAAAAGUACUGUAAUUCCUACACCGUUCACCCGAUUUGGAUGUAAAUACCCUCAAAUUAAAGCUGAAAGUCUGCACUUUCAGCUCAUAUUCAUUAUUUAAUUUCAACUCCAAUAUGCUGUGGUAAACAGCUAAAAUAAUAAUAACUUGGUCAAUGUCCAAAUAUUUAUGGAUCUGACUGUAUGAGGUGUAUUGUACAUAUGCACACACACGCUUUCACACACACACACACAAAUGUAUGCACAAAAGCACGCAGACAUACACAAGCACGCACACAAGCACGCACACACACACGCACAGCCCCAAAAUGACAAUUAUUUGAUUAACCAGCAGAGGGCUGUAUUGAGCUACAGUUGUGCAUCCCCUUGCCUUGACUGAUGCAGAACAAUCAGAACACUGUUACUGUGUUUGCGUGCGUGCAUAUUUAUGUGUGUGUGCGUGCGUUUAUUAGACAGACCGUGCCACAGGCGAGGAGCCCUGUCUGGAUGCGUCCCACAAGCAGACCAUCAAGGACCUGAGUGACACCAAUCUGGACUCUGCCUAUAAUGGAGAGAGACAGUGGUACUACCAGACCUGCACCGAGUUCGGCUUCUGUGAGUACCGCUCCACCACACCGCACAACACUGUCACUCCUAGAGGAGAUACAGUGACGUCCGAAAUUAUUCACAUCCUUGAUAAAGAUGAGCAAUAAUGACUGUAUAAAAUAAAUUAUAUUAUUUCAUACUAAAACAAUUGCUCAGAGAAAGAGAUAUUGUUUAACAAGUAAUAUAUGUUUUUCUCUAAAAGGUAGGGGUCUAAAUUAUUCACACCCCUAAAGAUUCUUAUAAAUAAAGUAGUCAACAGUUUAGUAUUUGGUCGCAUAUUCCUAGCAUGCAAUGACUACAUCAAGCUUGUGACUCUAAAAACUUGUUGGAUGUAUUUGCAGUUAGUUUUGGUUGUGUUUCAGAUUAUUUUGUGCCCAAUAGAAAGUAAUGGUAAAUAAUAUAUUGUGUCAUUUUGGAGUCACUUAUAUUAUUAUAAAUAACCAUAGAUAAUAAGAAUGUUUCUAAACACUUCUACAGUAAUGUAGAUGCUACCAUGAUUACGGAUAAUUCUGAAUGUAUCGUGAAUAAUGAUGAGUGAGAAAGUUACAGAGGGUCAAAGAUCAUACCCCCAAGACAUGCUAACAACUCACCAUUCCCAAUUACAGGAGAGGUUAGCAUGUCUUGGGGGUAUGAUCUUUGACUGCUGUAACUUUCUCAAUCAUCAUUAUUCAGGAUUCAUUCAGGAUUAUCCGUAAUCAUGGAAGCAUCCACAUGACUGUAGAAGUGUAGGAAUAUGGCACCAAAUACUAUUAGUAUAAAAUAAAAAAUAUAAUUUCCCCAUUGUUUUGAGCAUACAAUAUAGCUCAGUAUUUCAAUAAUUUAUUUUAUACAGUCAUUAUUGCUCAUCUUUAUCAAGGGUAUCAAUAAUUUCGAACCCCACUGUACAUUUACCAAGCUCAAGUCCCCGAGUACAACCAAGGUAGUUUCUUCAGUCAGGGAGUUGAGUGCUCACUGUACUGAAGGGUAAAAAAAACAGGUCCAGACUCCAGAGUUCAUUUCCCCCUAACAUCACAUUCAUAAGCCCAAUGCAUUAACACUAGCUGUACAAAGGUCCCACUCUUUGGUGCAGUAUCACUCAUUAUAUGAUCAGUAGUACUAUAUGCCCAUAGCCACUCAGCUGUAUCUUACAUUACAGAAAUAGAACUACAGAUCAUAAUUCAAUAGAAAUUAAUUGUGUUUCUUUGGGUUACAUUGUCAUUGUUUUGUUGUAACAGACCAGACGUGUGAGGACGCCAGCUGUCCUUUCUCCCGCAUGCUGACCCUGCAGGCUCAGACUGACCUGUGUCCUGAGGUGUUCAACAUCCCCCAGCACAGUCUGCCCGGACACAUCGCCUUCACCAAUAAGUACUAUGGAGGUGGCCACCCCGACACUGACAGGGUGCUCUAUGUCAACGGUGAGCAUAGACUUCACAGAUAGAUACAGUAGAUAGGGGAUACCUAGUCAGUUGCACAACUGAAUGCAUUCAGCUGAAAUGUGUCUUCCGCAUUUAACCCAACCCCUCUGAAUCAGAGCGGUGCAGGGGGGGGGGGGGUAGGGGGGCUGCCUUCAUCAACGUCAUCGGCGCCCGGGGAGCAGUUGUUGUUCAAGGGCAGAACGGCAGAUUUUUCCACCUUGCCGGCUCUGGGAUUCGAACCAGCGACCUUUCGGUUACUUGCCCAACCACCCGAUAGAUAGAUAGAUAUAUGGAGGUUUAAACCAUUACCUCUCAUUACAUCAUAGUGUAAUUUAAACCCACUGGCAGUGAAUCAAUGUGCUGUGUCUAUGUGAGUGAUUGUAUGACAGCAGUGGAGGUUAGUGGGAGGAGCUAUAGGAGGACGGGCUCAAUGUAAUGGCUGGAAUGGAAUCAAUGGAACGGUAUCAAACACAUCAUUUAUUCCAUUCCAGCCAUUACAAUGAACCCAUCCUCCUAUAGCUCCUCCCACCAGCCUCCUCUGUGUGACAGACCAGAGGGACAGGUCAUAUACUGACUGUGACCUGUGACCUGUGACCUCUGUCAGGUGACAUUGACCCCUGGCACGAGCUCAGCGUCCUGGAAGAGGACUUGGACAAGGAGGACAAAGACAUGGCCAUCCUCAUCGAGGGCUCCGCCCACUGUGCCGACAUGAACCCCGACAGCGCCACAGACCACCCCGCCCUGAAGCAGGCCCGCAAGGUACAGCCCACGGCAGGCUAGACAACACUAAGUUGAUGUUCCUGAGAUAGACACUGACUGUGAGCUUUGGUGGCACAUGAAGAGUAAUGUAUGCUUCAGAACUGUACAGUGUGUCUCAACUGUCUUUUCUCUCUCUGGUUGUCAGGCCAUUGAGAGGAAAGUUGCCAAGUGGCUGAAGGAAGCUGCCUGGAAGCUUAUGGGAUGAUGGACCCAACGACUGGUCACCUGAUCAUCUGACCUUCCUGACCAUCACACAGCCAACCAAACUGAGCUGACCUGGUUGUACUGCCGUGACCCCUCCUCCUCUUCCUGUAGCUCUCUGCUCAUAUAACACUGCACCAUUACUAUAACCACAGCUAUGGCCCCUACAGCUUGUUGGGCAGUGAAUCACAUGGUGCUGUGGACUGAGCCCAUCUCUUCAUGUUUAUUCCCAUGAUGAUCACAUGACCAUUGGGUCAGGUCCUCUAAGGUGGUGUUCUUCUGGUGGUUUUUCUAGGGUUUUUCUAAUGUUUUUCUAGGGUUUUUCUAAAGUUUUUCUAGGGUUUUUCUUACGUUUUUAUAGCGUGCUUGAAUUUAAUCCAGUAUAUAAGUUUCAGAUUUAAUAGACAGUUUUAGUAAUUUAGGGAAACACUUAUAAUGCUGUACACAGUAUUUAGGUUUCCUAACUACGUACUAGUAUAGCUAACUAGAGAGUCUCAGCAUAAGACGACUUUAACAUGAUCUAGUGUUCUAUGGUUUACAGCCUGUGCACACAUGCAUUUUCCUUUAUCUGGAUUCAGUGAAGUUAUCUCAGUCAAUGCAUUAUCUGAAUGUAUGCUGGAUUGCUUUGUAGCUUGUGUGGAUCUUUUUAGGAGGAGUUAAUUUUGUUUAAUCCUGCGAGCUUGAAAAUGAUCAUCAAUAAAAGUUUGCUGAUAA